AUGGAUUUCGAUAAAACAAGUAAUUUUGAUAAUGAGAAUUUCAGAUUCAAAGAAAUGAAUGUCCUCACUCAUCGAGCUGAUAAUAAAUUCAAAAUCAUACACGGUAUACUCACCUUCAGAGAUGAAAAGAUUAUAGAACAGUUGAAGAAAAAGACUCAACACACAAACAGUUUAAAUAUCCAUCAUUGGCAAGUGAAAAAUGAUGAUUUGCAUGUCUACUUCGAUUAUCCAGAGCCCAUUUCCCAAAUUGAUAAUUUUGAGCAUCUGGAAGUCUGGACUUUUAUCAAUCACAUCACCAAAAUCCUCUCCCUCUUACAAGAUCUAAAAAUGCAUUAUUGUGCAUUGAAUCCUAGUGGAAUCUUCAGAGUUUACACCCUUUAACAGAAAUAUGUCUAUAAAAUAGCAGACUCCUUCCUAUUCAGACCACUCUACAUGAAAUAUUAUUAAAGUCCCACAAAUUACUAUUAGAACGAACAAAUAGAAUACUUUAAAUCCGACGUAUUUGCAUUGGGUCUCGUCUGUCUCUAUUGUUUAGGAUUGAAGGAACCCAAGCAUUUCUUCAAAACAAAACAAUUCGAUUUUAAAGAACUGUAAAUUAAAAUCAAAGAGCUGAAUCUACCUGAGUAUUUACACAGAUUCCUAGAUCAGACUUUCAUUGAGCAAGACCUAUAACGACCCAAUUGCUAAUAAUUGUACUCCUUUGUGGUCAAAUUAAACGAGGAAUAUAAGAUUUAGAUUGAAAAUGUGGAAUUAAAAUUGUAUAAUCGUGCAUUUCAACCACACGCUCAUUAGCAAAAGUAGAAGGCAGUGAAUGACGGAGAAAGAGUAGAAGUUCUUAAUCCAGACGCUCCAUUUGAAUGUACACAUUAUGAUCUUUCAACUUGGUGUCAUUUUAUUGGUCGGGUUGCUAAUGGGAAGAGAAAUGGGAAGGGAGAGUUAAAAUUUAAGAACGGAUGCAGAUUUAUUGGUAGUUUUAUCGAUGGAUAGGCUAAUGGAACUGGCGUGUUUUAUUAUGGUCAACAAGAAAUAAUUGGGUAUUGGAGAGAUGAUAUAUUUAUGAAAUGA